AUGAGUGUGCUGCAGAAAAUUGCCGAGAUUGAGGCUGAGAUGGCCCGGACGCAAAAAAACAAAGCGACCAUGGGUCAUAUCGGUCUCUUGAAGGCUCGUUUGGCAAAACUUCGACGAGAACUGAUCGAGCCGAAGGGUGGUGGCGGUGGCGGUGGCGGGGAAGGUUUUGAUGUUGCUAAGACAGGUGAUGCUCGAGUCGGUUUUGUUGGUUUUCCCUCUGUUGGCAAAUCCACUCUUCUUACUAAUCUCGCUGGUGUCUACUCUGAAGUCGCCGCUUACGAGUUUACAACUCUCACCACAGUUCCUGGUGUCAUACGCUAUAAAGGGGCGAAAAUUCAGCUUCUUGAUCUCCCCGGUAUUAUCGAAGGAGCCAAGGAUGGGAAGGGUCGCGGUAAGCAGGUCAUCGCAGUGGCUAGAACUUGUUCCUUAAUUCUGAUGGUUUUGGAUGUCCUCAAACCACUUCAGCAUAAACGUCUCCUUGAACAUGAAUUGGAGGGAUUCGGUAUUAGGCUGAAUAAGGAACCACCGAAUAUCUUUUUCCGUAAGAAGGAUAAGGGUGGUAUUAAUUUUCAAUCUCUCGUGCCUCUCACUGAGCUUGACAAAGAUACCGUCAAAACCAUCUUGAAUGAGUACAAAAUCCAUAAUGCGGACAUUACCUUCAAGUGUGACGCCACGGCUGAAGAUUUAAUCGAUAUUGUUGAAGGCAAUCGGGUGUAUAUUCCUUGCAUCUACGUCCUGAAUAAAAUCGACCAAAUUUCUAUCGAGGAGCUCGACAUCAUAUGCAAGGUUCCACACUGCGUGCCAAUAUCGGCGCACCACAAGUGGAAUUUCGACGAGUUGCUGGAAAAAAUGUGGGACUACCUCAGUUUAAUUCGUAUUUAUACGAAACCGAAGGGCCAGCUACCUGAUUAUACUUCUCCGGUUAUCCUUAAAUCUACCGCCCAUACUGUGGAAGAUUUCUGUAACAAGAUUCACAGAAACAUUAUCAAGGAAUUUAAAUAUGCCAUCGUCUGGGGCUCUUCAGUAAAGCAUCAACCCCAAAGGGUAGGCAAAGACCAUGUUCUUGAUGACGAAGAUGUAGUUCAGAUCGUCAAAAGGUGCGUAUUUAGUUUUGUCCAUAAUUUUACGCCAAAAUUGACAUUUGAUAGACUCGAGCUUACUUGUUUUUAA